AUGUCACAACAACCACGCAACACAAACCCCCCUCCCCCAUCACAAACCCUCACCCUCUCCAUCCCCUUCACCCUCCUCAUCCACACCACCGCCCUCUCCCCCUCCAACCCGCCCAUCUCCCCCCGCUCCCUCGUCCUCAAAACCCUCCACCGCUUCUGCUCCUCCGUCCCCAUCCGCGCCUGGCCCCUCGCCCGCUCGCCGCCUCACGCCCGCCCCGCCCCUAACACAUCCACCUGGCUCCUGCGCGCCGGCCCGCACACAAUCCUCGACACCGCGCUCGCACCCGACGAAGCAGCGCGGCUGACCCGCCGCACGUGGGCGGUCUCGCUGGAACUCUUCCGCGGCGCGGUGCCGCGCGACACGCGGAGCAGCGGGUGGGCAAUGUUCGCCGACGAGGUGCGCGGCGUGCUGGGCGUGCUGAGGCAGGCGUUUGAGGGGUUUGAGGGGGAGGGGGGCGGCCGCAUGUGGGAUGUUGUGUUUGGCGCGAGGAGCGUGGUGAGGGUUGGCGUUGGGGCGGAGAAGGGUGCGGCGAAGGGGGUGGUGGUGCUGGUGGCGGGGUUUGAGAGGGAGUUGGAUUGUUUGAGGGGGGUGGGAGAGGUGGGGCGGUUUAUGGGUGUGGGGAGGUGGUUGGAGGGGGUGUUGUUGAGGGGGGGGGCGGGGCGGAGGAGGGAUGGGGGCGUGAGGAGGGUUGGGGUGGAGGGGGGGAGGGAGAGGGAGAGGGAAUGGUGGGAUGUUGUGCAUGGGAUGGAAGGUGAGGAGAUGGUGAUGCUGAUGCGUAAAUGGGAAGAGCAUGGCGUGAGGCUUGGGGUCUCUGUGCACUCUCGGAAAGAUGGGACGGCGGAGGUCGUUGUGCAAGGCCAGCACAGCACACUGGAUGCCGAGUAUCUGGUUGCAUACACAAAACUCAUAGCCCACUUCGUCAACGUUGCACACAGAUACGAUGCAGAUGGCCUUGCCAGUCAGCUCGAACUCUUGCAGUUGAACCCACCAACUAAGCUUCCAGAUCGCUUUGCGAGAAUGCUCGACUUCCUGGGCCAAGAGGGCCGGGAAGGGAGAGACGCAAUGCAAGCUACACUCCUUGCACGUAUGGCUCCGAUAUCCAGGCCAGACAGUCCUCUGCAAAUGCCCACACCUACUCGACCAGACCGUCCCCGAAGGGCAGUAGAUCCGUUCUACAACCUUAGAACGUACCUUGAGGCAAACCACGCUCGGAGUAGAAAAGACAUGGUGCAGUUCAUGGAGAGGUACGAGAGUGCUGGCGGGUAUAUGCCCACGACGGAGGAAAGGUUGUCCGCAAUACUGGACGCUGAGGAAGAAAGACUGAGACGGGAAGGGAAGGAAGUUGAAAUGACAUCUAAGACGCCAGGUUUCUCGGUCGCAGUUGAUGCGAAGAGCAACAGUUCACUGCUCACAGAGGGUGAGCGGGCAGUUGUAAAAGCAGAUGAGGCGGCGAAGAGUGAGCGAGUACGCAGCUGGGUCCAGCAUUAG